AUGACGCCGACUGCUGGCCAUCUUCCUAGAGACCCGGACAUCCUUGUCGUGGAGGCGUGGGGACAAGGAUUCCUGAUGGGCUCGCUUAUCGUCAUGAUCGCCAUCAUCGUGGCAGAGCCCGCCCUAGCCCUCGGGCAUGGAACGUUCAUCUUUCUCCAUGCGCCUGCCCAGGGCUGGUAUCUUUCGGUUACGGCCGUUGGUCUCAUAAUUUCGCAUUCCCUCCAUAACAUGAUUGCAUGGAUGAAGAUUCGCGGCUUCUUCACCCCUUGGGGCACGCUACUGUAUCUGAUCACCCUGCUGGCGGCCCAGCCGUACUGGGUCGUCGAGAUCUAUGCCAACUUUGCCUUUUUCAACCGGGGCCAGGCAUUAUAUACCACCACUCGGCCACUCGAGCCGCUCUUCCGGGACCCUUGGUGGAUCUUUACCACCUGCUUUCUCCUGUACGUCAUCCAGCGUGGGUAUGGGUGUUCGCUGGUGCAGCUGAUCCGCAUUAGCCCACGUUUCGGCGUCAUGCUCCUGUUCAUGGUUUUCCAUCGUGUUGCGGUGGUGGACAUGUGUGCGAUCCGGGUCGAGAACCGCCUAGGUUACCCCCCGGGGAUGGAGCCGUUCUGGAAGUUGGCGUUCGUUUUCAAGUACCUGAGCGACACCAUCAUGUUGGACGACUUCCGGGGCGCUCUGGAUCGACUGCGCUAUCACUAUCACCCGGACGUGCCACCGCAGGAGGCCACGCACGCUCGCGGUCGGAGUACAAACCGGCCUGUGGACUGUGUACCCGAGGCGUCUGUCAAACGCCCCGAGCCAGUAUGUCGGCCACCGGACAUGGUGUAA